GGACCUUGUGAUCUGCAGCAGUCGUCAGUGUUUGCUCGUAGUUGACGAGUGGUCGGGCAAGCCAGUGGUGCAUGAAAGUAACAGAAAACGUUACAAGUAAAUACCUACACUCUAAAAUAGUGACCCUACACUCCUGUUUUAUUCUUAACAACAAUGCUUUUUGCGGUUGCGCGGAAAUGUGGCCUCCUAAGCGCAACUGUUACGCGGACUAGCCCCGCAGCGCUGAACCGUGGAUUGUAUAAUUAUUCGCGAGAGCCAUUCAUGGCUCUGGAUCGCAAACCGAAAACAGUCAGCGCCGAUGAAGCCGUUAGUGUAGUAAAAUCAGGCGAUGUGGUAUUUUUGCAUGGAGCAGCAGCCACACCACGUGCCCUUGUGCCAGCUCUUGCCGAGCACGGCAAAAAGGCUGGUCUUAAGGGGGUCACGGUCUGUCACAUUCACACCGAAGGAGCGGCUGAAUACAACGACCCAAGCUGCGACGGUAUCUUCCGAUCAUGCUCGUUCUUCACGGGGGCCAACUGUCGCAAGGCAAUUGCGGAAGGUCGAGGAGAUUUCGUCCCAAUCUUUCUCGGCGAGAUCCCCCUUGUGUUUCAUCGAAAAAUUAUGCCCGUUGACGUAGCCAUGGUCACGGUGUCACCUCCUGAUGAACACGGGUACUGUUCUCUCGGCACCUCCGUAGACACGACCCGGGCCGCACUGAUUCACGCAAAGCAUAUCAUUGGACAGGUAAAUAAGAACAUGCCGCGAACAUUCGGUGAUGCAUCGGUUCACAUAUCGCACUUCGACUCACUUGUAGAGGGACACAUUCCAUUGCCUCAACAUAAAGCUAACGAGCUCAGUGCUCCUGAAAUUGCUAUCGGCAAGCACAUUGCAGAGAACCUUGUCGAGGAUGGUGCUACGCUACAGAUGGGCAUUGGCGCGAUUCCUGACGCCGUUCUGACACAGCUUGGCAAUCAUAAAGAUCUAGGCAUCCAUUCAGAAAUGUUCUCUGAUGGAGUUGUCGACCUACUGGCUACUGGCGCUAUCACGAACAAUAAAAAAGUCAUUCACCAGGGAAAACUGGUGUCCUCGUUUACGAUUGGCACCCAAAAGCUUUUCAACUGGAUGCACAACAACCCUUCGCUUGUCAUGCUUGAUACCGGAUUUACGAACAAUCCUCAGAUAAUUUGCCAGAAUCCAAAGGUAACGGCAAUCAAUUCUUGCAUUGAGGUCGACAUAACCGGUCAAGUCGUUUCCGAUUCGAUUGGACCACGUAUCUAUUCGGGCUUCGGUGGACAAGUGGAUUUCUUGCGCGGCGCAGCUAUUUCUCAAGAUGGCCGCGGCAAACCGAUUUUGGCCAUGCCUUCUGUUACCACCAAGGGCGAAUCAAAGAUUUCGGUGUUCAAUAAGGUUGGCUCGGGCGUAGUAACCACGCGUGCUCACGCCCAUUACAUUGUUACCGAAUACGGUAUUGCGUCACUGUUUGGCAAGUCCCUCCGACAACGGGCGCACGCCCUUAUCAACAUUGCCCAUCCCGACCAUCGGGCAAAGCUCGAGGAAGAGGCUUUUAAGCGGCUUAAAUGCAUGCCAUCACCUUAAACGAUCCCCGGAUAAUCGAUGCCGCAAUUUGAGCAGGUGCGUACAAUACCAGUCCGCGUCGUAUACACCUUUUUGUAGAAAUCGAUGAUGAAUUUUAUAUAUGAGCACAGAAUCGCCGAUCGCCAGCGGCAAUGACAUCGUCUUGGGGGGACAAACAAAUGAAAACGUCACUCAUAACGUACAAUAGAUGAUAACAAUAGGUAAUAAAAUUCGUCCAUGAAAAACACGAUAAUUACAAAUAACACCAAGGAUAAAGAGUCUACAAUUAUUUAAACGAAACAUGACUGAAACGUCACAAGCACGAAUAAAUAUAAGACAUUGUAAACAUAAUUGUUUUUACAGAGCCGGGUUCUUUCUUUUUUAAGUUUUUUCGAAAUAUAAGUAGUCAAUUUGCCAAAUAUAUAAGGUCGCAUCCGUAAUCAGACGACUUGACCACGGAGACCAAGAGAAAAAAAAGAGAGGAAUGUACUUUAGCUGGAAAUUAUUCGAGAACUGAAGAAUGUUAAAAAAAGCAGCAAUGCCUUUACCCAGGUACAGGCAGGCAAUCUUUUACUCAGGUACAGGGAACUAUUUUUAAUUAGAUGGGCGCUUCUCAUAUAUAUAUAUAUAUAUAUAUAUGGGAAGCAGCACUUCAUAUGUAUAUAUGGUGUGCUACUGUAUAUGAACUUGCGGGAAAGUUAAUAGAAUGGUAGCGUUUUUUGUGCAAAAAGAUUUGCAGCGUUUGUUUUCAGCGAUGCAUGUAAGCAACACAGAGGGAAAGAGAUAAGGCUUCGCUAAGGAGAAAAACAAGUUGUUCAACCUUUUUUUUUUUAAUUAGUCGUUAGCAAACUUAACGACAAAAGCAGAUGCCGCAUGCAUAGGUGGCUGUCAUUAGAGGUUGAAUGUAAAAUAUUUGUUAGAAUGGAUACUACCGCAAUGAUCUGUUUUAGAACAAAAUAGCCGUGAAUUUGGGCAUCGAUUACUGGUAACAAUGACAAGUGCAGAUCAAUGAACUGAUAAAAUCAAGAAAUAAACAGAUCUAUCACGCGGA